UUGUGGUCUUCUAUCAACGAGGCAGGCCCAGAAGAAAAAGAAAAACAAAGAGCACACAUGAGCUGGACACGCGUUGACCGGCACCGCAAGCCAACUGCAUGCCAUUCGGGACACCCCUCAUGUCCGAUCCUCUUCCCCCUUUCUCGCUUUUUCUGCCCUGGAGCCCCCUCUUUGCUGUAUCCGCUGUAUUCCUCGCUAGUAGCCCUCAUCUGGCGCUGGAGUUGCGCACAGAAAGUUCCUGCUGAAGUCCCCAAGCCAAAUUCUUUAAAGCCGUCUCAGUCUUUUCAAGCACAGAAGACCCACCCCCAAUCCCCUUCCCCAGAAGCCGAAAUGCCCACCGUGUCACGGUAUUACCAGCCACAGAUUCAGCCCACUUCCGAUCGACCACAGCUUCCUACUGCGGUCCCUCAUAAAGUCUCAAGGGAGUUGUCCUUCUGGACUGCCCAAAUAGAGGCUGCUCGCGUGAAGCAGCCUUACGAUGCUUUUCUUGUCCUCGACGUCGAGGCGACCUGUCUACAAGGCGCAGGCUUUGAUUGGCCGAAUGAAAUCAUCGAAUGGCCUGUGUGCCUUUUGCGCUGGAAAGAUAAAUCGUCCAAAGGCAUGGCCAGCCAAUUGGAGAUCGUGGAUGAGUUUCGCAGCUUUGUCAAACCCACUUGGAGACCACAACUCUCCGAAUUCUGUACCGAGUUGACGGGUAUAACCCAAGCGCAGGUCAACUUUGCACCCACCUUUCCCAAGGUUCUCAAGAUGUUCACCAAAUUUCUCGCCCAACAUGGGCUAGUUGAUCCCAAGAAUGGGAGAACUUUACAGAGAAUUUGUUGGUGUAGCGAUGGUCCUUUCGACAUAAGGGACUUUGUAGUAAAACAAUGUUUCAUAUCGAAAAUCCCCAUGCCGAUAUGGCUUAAAGGCGAUGUUCUUGAUGUCCGUAGAUUGGUGUCAGUGUGGGUAGCAACACAUGAUCCAUUUGAUGGUCUGCAGGCCCGGACGAGGUUGGCAGCCGCUCAUCACUUUCGUUCAUUGAACAUACCUCAGCAACUGAGAGUGCUGGGUUUAGGCCAGUUCCAAGGCAGGCAGCAUUGUGGAAUGGAUGAUACACGCAACAUUGCUCGCGUCUUGAUCGAGCUAGCUCGUCGUGGCAUCCGUUUGGAGCCGAACACACCAAUAAACCCUAACCGGAGAUGGAGCUGGAUGGGCAGGCCUGGUGAGGUGUUGGAAUACCAUUUCUUUUGACUCAGUUCACUCCGUGCGCCUGUCUUCUAAAAGGCAGUACUUGAGAACACAUCACUGCAACUUAGUCCCGUAGCACUUCUGGAUUCUAUCUCACUCCCAUCGUUUAGCACAUCAGUUUUGUAGUUGUAUUCACCACCUUCGCCUGUCUCGAGGAUAAGGGCCUCAAUAUGGUAAAUGCUAUGAUUCAUUACUUCUAUCCCG